GAGGCGGGCUGCUCCGGAUGCCGCCGCUUCACGUCGGAAACAAAACAGCGGCUCCGCAGGAAGAAGGAGCCUCGGCGGCGGCGGCGAGAGGCGAGAGGCGAGAGGCGACCUAAUCUGGAAACCCGCACGUGACACCAGCCUGCAGAACCUUUAGAAAGCUUGGCCAGGAGGAGGACACAUGAAAGAAAGAACCCCAAGAGGCUUUGUGUUCUGUGAAAAAGUAUUACUAUACAGUUGCUCCAAUGACAGAGUUACCCGCACCUUUGUCUUACUUUCAGAAUGCACAGAUGUCCGAGGACAACCACUCGAACAAUCCUGCACGUAGCCAGAAUGACACUAGAGACCAGAAUGAGCAGAGGCAGAGACGCAGCAACCCCGAAUCUGUCUCUAAUGGGCGACCCCAGGGUGGUACACAGCAGGUGUUGGAACAAGAAGAAGACGAUGAGGAAGAGCUGACAUUAAAAUAUGGCGCCAAGCAUGUGAUCAUGCUCUUUGUCCCUGUGACCCUUUGUAUGGUGGUUGUCGUGGCUACUAUCAAAUCUGUCAGCUUUUAUACCCGGAAGGACGGACAGCUAAUCUACACCCCAUUCACAGAGGACACGGAGACAGUGGGUCAGCGAGCCCUGAACUCAAUUCUGAAUGCUAUUAUCAUGAUCAGUGUCAUUGUUGUCAUGACUAUUCUCCUGGUGGUUCUAUAUAAAUACAGGUACUACAAGGUCAUUCAUGGCUGGCUAAUUGUUUCAUCUUUGUUGUUGCUGUUCUUUUUCUCAUUUAUUUACUUGGGGUAAGUAUUUAAAACUUACACUGUUGCCAUGGACUACAUUACCGUCGUGCUCCUGAUCUUCAAUUUUGGCGUGGUGGGGAUGAUCGCCAUUCACUGGAAAGGGCCACUGCGACUCCAGCAAGCGUAUCUCAUCACGAUCAGUGCCCUCAUGGCCCUGGUAUUUAUCAAGUACCUCCCGGAGUGGACCGCGUGACUCAUCUUGGCUGUGAUUUCCGUAUAUGAUUUAGUGGCUGUUUUGUGUCUAAAAGGCCCACUUCGUAUGCUGGUUGAAACAGCUCAAGAGAGGAAUGAAACUCUGUUUCCAGCCCUCAUUUACUCCUCAACAAUGAUGUGGUUGGUGAAUAUGGCCGAAGGAGACCCUGAAGCCCAAAGGAAGGUAUCAAAAAACUCCAAUCACAAUGCACAAAGCUCAGAAGGUGAGCCACAAGACCCUGUGACAGAGAGUGAUGAUGGUGGCUUCAGUGAGGAGUGGGAAGCCCAGAGAGACAGUCGCCUUGGGCCUCAGCGCAGCACACCUGAGACGCGAGCAGCUGCUCAGGAAAUAGCCAGCAGCAUCCUGACCAGCGAGGACCCAGAGGAAAGGGGAGUAAAACUUGUAUUAGGAGAUUUCAUUUUCUACAGUGUUUUGGUUGGUAAAGCUUCCGCAACAGCCAGUGGAGACUGGAACACCACCAUAGCCUGUUUCGUAGCCAUAUUAAUUGGUCUGUGCCUUACAUUGUUACUCCUGGCCAUUUUCAAGAAAACAUUACCAGCUCUUCCCAUCUCUAUCACCUUUGGGCUUGUUUUCUGCUUUGCCACAGAUUAUCUUGUACAGCCCUUUAUGGACCAGUUAGCAUUCCAUCAGUUUUAUAUCUAGCAUAUUUGCCAUUAGAGUCCCAUGGAUUUUUCUCCUUUGAUUAUAAUAAAAUCUGGGGAGGACAAA